UCAAUUUGACAGUAACGCGGCAAAGAAUCAGUAAAAUUAAUGAACUCUUAUAAAGAAUACUUUCACAAUUUGGAAGUUUUAAGUGAACAAAUGAAAUGGCAUUCGUAGAAGUAGUUUCAAAGAUCAAUGCAAUCAAUGAAUCUAUUUUAGACGACAUGUGCUGUGAGUGUAUUUACGAGGAUAAUGAAGAGUUUAAAAAUCAUUUAGAAGUGACCAAGAGCUGGUUUGAAAGAAUUUCAUUUGUUAACAAGAAGCUAUAUUUAUUAGCUCUUUUAGAAGACGUGCGGAGCGCAUGGACGUUAUCUUUAUUAUUGAAGUCGAUUUGGAAUAGUCGACCUAAAGAUUCUGUGUUUUCUAUAAGCAGACGUAAAGUACUGAGCUGCUACGACCAAGCACCAUUCGAUCACAACAGAACUGCUCUGCCCGUGUCCAUUCUUACACAAGUUAUGACGGACGAUAGAAAAUGGUUUAUUUCCUUAGAACCAGAAGCUCAAGCGCUGAUGUUAUUGGAGCUGUUAUCAAUGGCAGGUGGGCCCGUGUUAUGGCAGGUGUUUGCGCGUGCGCAGAAGAUCUACGAUCGUUAUAGAGAAUACGAAAUUGAUAACCUGAAGGAAUCUAUGGUUGUAGCUGAAUCGGUGCAACGUGGCAAGACAUCGCAACUUGGAGACAUAGCUCAUCAGAAAAAGGAUCCGCUUCGUCGUAAGACCGGUGAUUCACUUGGUGCAAUAAAAGAAGUGACUACCACUGAUGGGUCCAGCUUAAGUAAGGCGCAAAAAAAGUUAGAUGAUUGUAUGGUCAUUUGGAACGGUACUAUCAAGUUAAUUCGUGAUAGUUUCAAAUUAGAAGAGAUCGAGACGACAUUUAAUGAUGGAACUAAGAAGAGGAUUUGGAAGGUAGACAGGCCGAUACCUGAAGCUUUGGAGACAGUUGAUUUUCUGCAAUUACUACCAUCUGCUAUUGGAAAACGUAUUCUGUCAUAUCUAUCUUUAUCGCAAUUAAUCGAAUAUUCUAAAGUUAAUAAAUAUUGGGCAUAUCUUAUCGAUGAAUUGAAAGCAGAAAUCGUCGCGAGACAGAAAGUCCAAACGGAGUUGGAAAAAUUGCGAGAAACAAUGUUACGUCAUAACGAAAGCGACGACACGUUGGAUCAGUCAGUCUUCCAAAUAGAUCGCUUCAGUUCGCAGCCGCCGAGUUUGAUGCGCACACCGUCGGCGAAGACGCGACAUGGCCUGCCCAGUAUACGCGCAAGUCAGAAAUCUGGACACUUCUCUUUUAGGCACUUGAGAGAGAAGAUGAACAAACCUCGUAAAUAUGUCGCUCCAAAACCUAUAAAUAAUAUGGCGGACUUGUAUGCACGUCUAGAAAGGCGAGGUGCGGCCGAUGAAAACAUAUGGAAAUGGUGUAAAAAUGUGUCGAAACAAUAUAAAGAAUCGAAAGAAAAACAGGACCAGGACGAGGGAGACGAGAUGCCAAUGGGCCUUAAACAUUUCCCAUGUCCCAUGUUAAAAGAAACUAUCUCGAUACCGCUUCGAAAACCUCUUGUCAAAGACCCUGCGGCUGUCAAAAUUCCAACCAAAUCGACUAUCUUCAAAAUAAAACUAACUGAAGACGUAGACGUGACGAAGGAUCAAGACACCAAACGUUUUAGUUUAUGGAGCAAAGACUUUUCUAGUUUGUAUCCAGCGUCAAAAAUCGCAACUUAUCAAUCUCCCAUUUAAACAUUUUAUUAACUUAAAUCGUUUUUUUUUUAAACAGUUUUAUCUUAUAAAACUUUCUAUUACAUUAGU